UCAACUUGAGACAACGAAUCGAUCUCUUUCCAUAGUGAGAUAUAUCUGUAAUUUCUAAAGGACGAGUUUACUAGAAACUCAAACAGCAUUAUCUUCUCAAAUAUUCUGUCACUUAGGAUACUUCAACAGCCAAAGAUGAUUUAAUGCCAUUGAACUCCUCGUUGGAAAUCAUAAACUCAACCCCCCCAUAUAAAUAGUUGCUCUGUAGAAUCCAGUUAUGCAAAUCUACAAAUUCAAAACGAAAACCAACUCAAUAUGGCAAAAUCAUCAGUUAGGCUGAAGCUCUUGGUUGAUACACAAACCAAAAGAGUUUUAUUUGCCGAGGUGGGCAAAGAUUGUGUUGACUUCCUCUUUCACAUAAUGUCGUUGCCGGUGGCCACCAUGAUCAGUCUGCUAAAAAAACAAGGAAUGGUGGGCUCACUAACAAACCUGUAUGGAAGCAUAGCAAAUCUGGAUGCUUCCUAUAUACAACCGAACAAGAGCAAGGAUACCCUCUUGAAACCAUUAGUUCCAGCGCCUGAUUUGUCUGUUCCUGUGCUACUGCUUGGUGAUAAGCCAACUGACCAGAAGUUCUAUAGGUGUAACUGCAACUCUAACAUCUCCGAUAAUCCGCGGGCAGUUUGUCCUAAUUGCCGCCGUGCAAUGACCAUAGCUGUGGCAUAUGUGGCUCCUCCUUUGGUGCAAGAAACGAAUGAAGGUGGAUUUGUGAAGGGGUUGGUGACUUACAUGGUUAUGGAUAAUUUGGAGGUGAAGCCCAUGUCCACUAUCUCAAGCAUUACUUUGCUCAACAAAUUUAAUGUUAAGGAAGUGGGGUUAUUGCAGGAAAAAGUGGUGAAUUUGGGCAUGGAUGAGGCUGUGAUACUGCUGAAGGCUUCUCUGCAGUCUGAGAAUGUUCUGACUGAAGUCUUCCUCAAGAGAACUUGAGCUGGUGAAGGGUUUAUGGUUAAUCAUGUGAUAAGUUUUUCAUUUAUGUUUCUGUUGGAAUUAGUGAUAUUAUGUUCUAUGAUUUUCUUUCUUGAUCCAUCACGAACUUGCAGCUUUGUAUCCGUCAGGGUUUAUGCUUUGCAA